GCCCCAAAAUUAUUCUGCUAAACAUUCUUCUUUAAAAGCUACAGUCUUCUCUCUUAUUUUAAACAUUUCUUGUCAGUCUUUGGUUUUAAAAUCCGCUUACAGUCUUACUAACAGCACAAAGUAAGGCAAUCAGUUCAUGUAUUAAUGGUACUCACACGUCAUCUUAAGAUCACAGAAAACCUGAGCUGGUUUGACUUCGCUAUAUCAUGAAUGAACUGAAUGUUACUUAUGAUUAUGUUCCUGUUUAUGAAGACGAGAUCUGCAAUAAAGAACAUGUCCUGAAGGUCGGAUCCAUUCUCAUACCCAUCUUUUUCAUACUAGUGGUCGUGCUGAGUUGUAUUGGUAACGUUCUGGUUCUCAUCGUCCUGGUGUUUUACGAGAGCCUCAGAUCCCUCACCAACAUCCUCAUUCUUAAUUUAGCUGUGUCAGAUCUGCUAUUCACUUUUGGACUUCCAUUCUGGGCCUCUUACUACAUCUGGGGUUGGACGUUUGGAGACGUCGGCUGCAAAGCGGUGAAGUUUGUGUUCUACGCGGGAUUUUAUAGCAGCGUGUUGUUCUUAACACUAAUGACCAUUCAACGCUACAUGGCAGUGGUUCAUCCUCUCUCGGACUGGGAGAGAUGCAGAGGAUUUUCAAUCGCUCCCAUCUUCAUCAUCUGGAUUCUGAGUGCAGGAGCGGCACUGCUAGGAACACUUCGAAGUAAAGUUAUAGAGGAAACACCUCAAAAUAUUUACUGUGAAUACGACAGUGUUCCAAUAAAACUUGCCAUCAAUUAUCUUCAAAAUGCUUUUUUCUUCAUAACAUUUCUCAUCAUGGGCUUUUGCUAUACUAGAAUGCUUCAAAUCAUUACCAAAGCACGAACAAAUAAGAGACACAAGACCGUUAGACUUAUACUUUGCAUUUCAUUGGUGUUUUUUAUUGGUUGGGCUCCAUACAACAUUGUCAUGUUCCUCAGAUCAUUGACAGAUCUUGGUUUCUCCCAGUUCACAAUAUGUGAAGUCAGCAUUAAGCUUGAGUAUGCAUUUUUUGCUUGUAGACUGUUAGCUUUCUCACACUGUUGUCUGAACCCUGUGUUCUACGUGUUUGUCGGUGUGAAGUUCAGGAAUCAUUUAAAGAAUAUUCUGCAGAGAAUUUUUCAACAAAAAAAAAACUUGGUUUUCGGUCCAAGCAAAUCAGCAAAAAAUCAUUCUCUGGGUUCAAUGUACUAACACAAAACUCAAGUACUAUCACAGAAUGUGAUGGAUCAACUGCCAGUUGUAGAAUAUAAUGUACAGAAUAGAACGUUUUUUUGAUCAAGCAUAACAAAUGAAAGUAUCAACACAAAUAAGAAAAACACAUCCAAUUUUUAAAAAGUGUUGUGAGUUUGUUCAUCAUAUGUUAUUUCUGUAUACAUGAUGGACAUCUCCAGUGUUUAUUUAUAUUUGCAUGUUUGUUGAAUCAUCAGCGUGAAUUACCCAUAAUGAAGCAUUUCUCAAAAUAUCUUCUUUUGUGUUCUAAAGAAGAAAGUCAUACAUGUUUGGAAUGAGUGAAAGGGUGAGCUGAGUAAAUGAUGACAGAUUUUUUAUUUUUAAGAUCUUUAAACAAUAAAAGCUGAACUUACAAACCUAUCUGCUUCUUAAAUGAAAAGAUGAAGACACUGAG